AUGCAAGAGAAGAUCAGUGUGUUGGCAGCUACAUCAGCAAAGGUUGGGCUCAUCAUCCACAAGGAGAAGACCAAGAUCCUUAAGAUCCUUAAGACCAACUUAAGCAACAUCAACCCAAUCACCCUAAAUGGAACUCCCCUGGAGGAAGUACAGUUAUUCACCUACCUGGGUGGCAUCAUUGACCAGCAAGGUGGAACAGAUGCAGAUGUCAAAGCAAGGAUCGGCAAAGAAAGAGUCGCCUUCAUGCAGCUCAAGAACAUCUGGGCUUGCAGAGAGUUAACCUUGACCACCAAGAUCCGACUGUUCAACUCCAAUGUGAAGUCAGUACUGCUGUACUAUGCUGAUACCUGGGGGAUAACCAAAACCACCAACAGAAGAAUCCAGACAUUCAUCAACAGCUGUCUCAGAAGGAUUUUCCACAAUCUCUGGCCAGACACCAUCAGUAAGACCAACCUAUGGGAAAGGACCUGCCAACUUUCAUCAGAGGCAGAAAUCUGGAAGAGAAGAUGGGGCUUGAUAGGGCAUACCCUAAGCAAACCGCCAACUAACAUCACCAGGUGGAACAAACACCUGGUGAUGCAACCUUGA